AUGGCAACGAGACCUGCACCUCCAGCACCUAAUCAAGCGAGUGGGAGUAACAGCAACACGGGAGGAGGGAGGAGGUAUAAUUCGAUAAAUCAACAUCAGUACGGUGGGGGAUAUGGAGGGGGAGGACAGCAGAAUGUACCUAGGCAGAAGCCUAGGGUGGGGCAGUAUAUAAUAGAGAGGACGUUGGGGACGGGGAGCUUUGGGAAGGUGAAGUUGGCCACACAUGCGAUAACAGGACACCAAGUCGCCCUCAAGCUGAUCAACCGAGCCAAGAUAACCACACCGGAUAUGAAUGCUAGGGUGAAGAGGGAGAUACAGUAUUUGAAGGUGUUGAGACAUCCUCAUAUCAUCAAAUUAUACGAAGUCAUCACCACCCCGACCGACGUGAUUAUGGUGAUGGAAUAUGCGGGUGAAGAAUUAUUCAACUAUAUCGUCUCGAAAGGGAAACACGGGAUGACGGAAGACGAAGCUAGACGAUUCUUCCAACAGAUGAUAUCAGCUAUAGAAUACUGUCAUAGACAUCAUAUCGUACAUCGAGAUCUAAAACCUGAAAACCUCUUCCUCGACUCUCGAAGGAAUAUCAAGAUCGGUGAUUUCGGUUUAUCAAACUUGAUGACAGACGGUGAUUUCUUGAAAACGAGUUGUGGGAGUCCGAAUUAUGCUGCUCCAGAGGUCAUAUCUGGAAAACUAUACUCUGGUCCAGAGAUCGACGUGUGGUCAGCAGGUGUGAUCAUGUAUGUCUUACUUUGUGGUAAAUUACCUUUCGAUGAUGAACAUAUACCAACACUGUUCAAGAAGAUUGAGAACGGUGUAUUCCAUAUCCCCUCGCACGUCUCUGAACCCGCUCGACACCUUCUCAAACGAAUGUUAGAAGUUGAUCCCCUCAAACGAGCGACUAUCGCAGAAAUCCGUCAAAUGCCAUUUUUCCAAGAGAACCUACCUAGAUAUCUUGAACCUUUACCUGAGAUGGACCGAUAUCCCGCUCUACCAAUGGACGAUAUGACCACCUUACUUCUUAUCAACGAGGGUCAAGCGGAUCCUAAGAAAGUUGCAGAAGCCAAGGGGAUGGUGUUUACCGAGGAUUUGGGUAUAAUCGAUCCUGAUAUUGUUGAAGAGCUUUUGGAGAAGAUUUCGACCUACACUGAACCGAUGGUUUGGGACGCGUUACAGAGAGAUGGUGAUAAUCAGGUGAAGGUGGCUUAUCAGCUUGUAAGGGAUCAUCGAAGGAUACUGAAGGAUUCCUAUGGAUUCGAAGAGGAUGAAGACACGUCUGCAAUGGAAGAAUUCAUGGCUUCCUCGCCUCCUGCUUGGAACGCUGAUAUACCUCCACCAUCUCAAUUGCAGCAGAAUGGCGUAGAUGAGCAAAUGGAUAUCGAAGAGGAUGUGGAUUUGGAAAUCCAGGAUAUCCCUAACGCUCAUUUCGAUGUGCUCGAUAGUAGUCUACCGGGAUACCUGACUCCACCGUCAUCAUCAGGCGCUUCAACAGCCUUAGCGACACCUACGUCCGAAGUACCCGGUGUGGAUCCACAGGGAGCCGCCGAAGCAGCAGCUCGAGCCUUACUAUCACCUCCUGUUCCUGACCCACCCAGAAGAUUAGAUAAAUCCAUGUCGAAACCGAAAUGGCAUUUUGGUAUCCGAUCGCGAUCGCCCCCAAUGGAAGUGAUGUUGGAGAUAUACAAGACUCUCAAUGUACUGGGAAUGCAGUGGAAGAAGAAAGAGGAUAUAAACUUGCCUGAAAUCGGUGGGGCACCUCCUGGAGGGUAUACGGAAGAAGUGGAAGCUGCCCUUGAACAAUAUGCAGAAGAAAAUAAUGGUACUCGACCUGUGAUGGGUAAAAAACCACCUACGAAAAAGGAGGUUUUGGCUCAGGAGAAAUCGGCUCAGAGCUUGUAUCAUGUUGAGACUAGGGCAAGGUAUGGGGAUGUUAUUGUCCGUAUGGAUCUCCAGCUCUACCGAGUCGACGACCAACACUACCUCGUGGAUUUCCGUAAUCUAGGAUAUUACAUGGUCACAGAGAAAGAGAAAGACGUGAUUGACGUAUCUCGACACGAUGGUCCAGAUGUCUCAUCAAUGAUAUCUGGACGUACUGGCAAUACGACUUCUUCCAACAGCACCAGUACGAACGGAAGCAGCGUACCCAAACCGAAAGAUCCGUCGGGUCAACAGUCAAUAGGAGGUGUUAGUGGACCAUUCCAUUUCUUAGAGAUGGCUUGUCAGUUGAUUGCUGAGUUGGCUAGUGGGUAA